CAAUUUUUGAAAAUGAUUCUUUCUUAGAACUUCAAAAUUAUUGCAAUAAUUUAAUGUCAAAAAAUCCGAAUAAAAUAUUCGAAUCAUUAGAUUUCCCUUCAAUUCCAGAAAAAAUUUUUAUUUCGAUUAUUCAAAAUGAUAAUCUUCAAAUGAAUGUAGUUCAAAUAUGGGAAAAUGUUCUUAAAUGGGGUCUUGCACAAAAUCCGGAACUUUCUUCAGAUCCUUCUAGUUAUUCAAAAGAUGAUUUUAAUAAUUUAAGGAAUACUUUAGAACAAUGUAUUCCUUUUAUUAGAUUUUAUGAUUUAACUUCUAAAGAAUUUUCGGAUAAUAUAUUACCUUAUAGGAAAAUUAUACCAGAGGAAUUAUAUAUGGAUUUAUUAAAAAGCUUUUUAAAUUUACACCCUGAUAGCAAGUUAAAUAAUAUAUCAAAAUCUCAAGAAAUUAAUCCUUCUCAACAUAAUAUAAAUAAAUCGAUAGAAAUAUUUAAUCAUGUACCUUUUAACAGAUCCAAUAAACGUCGUGUUAGAAGGAAUAGACAGAGGUUAAAGAAGAUUUUUUCCCAGAUUAAAAUCAUAAAUGAAAGAAAGAAGCCUAUAAAUUAUAGUUCAUGGGAUAGAGUAGUACUUGUAAGAGAUACAUGGAAUACUGAAGAGCAUUUAAAGAAUACAUGGGAGAAACCUACGAAGGCUGCAUGGGACUACACAUUGGAGGGUUCUGCAGGUGGAUGGGAUGAAACGUCAGUAGCGCCGCAGUCUGCAGGUGGAUGGAAUGAAGAGCCAGUAGCGCCUCAGUCUGCAGGUGGAUGGGAUGAAGAGCCAGUAGCACCGCAGUCUGCAGGUGGAUGGGAUUAAACGUCAGUAACAACAGCUACAGGAAUGUGGGAUGAAAAUCCAGUAACGCCGGUUACAUCUUGGGAUAAUGUGGAAACAGUUUCUGGACAGAGUACAGAAAAGGAUGCUCAGAGUAGCACGAUUAUUGAGAAUAGCAAUACGAAAAAGAAAAAAAACAAAAAAAAGAAAGUAUCUUCAUAUGCAGAUUUGGUGAAAAAAUGACGUAAUUAAUGAAAAGUUUUCAAGCGUUUUUUUUAUUC